CGUCGCCGCGCCUUCGUAUGAGCCGUGUGUCGCUGUCGGCAUCCCCCCGCGCCCCGCGACGAGCCUUCUCGCCCGCAUUCUAGUUGUGGGUGUCGCGCCGUGCAGUCCUCGCGAGUGCCGCUGAACUCUGUGCGCCGUUUGUGAGUGCUAUAAUUCCCGGUCGAGUGUCAGUGUGCAGGAGGAACCAGUAGCCCGCCGCAGAGGAUGUUAACAGCUCACGAUAGCAGAAGCUGUUGACAUCUGCAGUAUCAACCAGCCACCAGGCGUAUUUAUUGUUGUCCCAGAUCCACAAACCCCCUCCAAGAUUGCUGCCACUAUGGGUCGGAAAAAAAUACAAAUAUCCCGAAUCACGGAUGAACGGAAUCGACAGGUGACUUUUAACAAACGCAAAUUUGGUGUGAUGAAAAAGGCUUACGAACUCAGCGUACUAUGUGACUGCGAGAUUGCUCUGAUCAUAUUCAGUUCUAACAACAAACUCUACCAGUAUGCUAGCACCGACAUGGAUAAGGUGUUAUUAAAGUACACGGAGUACAAUGAGCCACACGAGUCGCUGACCAACCGCAACAUCAUCGAGGCCCUAACGAAGAAAGAGCAUAAGAACGGAGUGAUGUCACCGGAUAGUCCUGAAGCUGAAGCGGAAUAUAAUCUAACACCACGAACUGAAGCCAAAUAUUCAAAAAUUGAUGAGGAAUUCCAAAUGAUGAUGCAAAGAAACCAGUUGAACGGAAGUCGAGUUGGUGUUGGCGUAGCUGGCAGUAAUUAUAACUUGCCAGUUAGCGUCCCAGUCGGAAGUUACGAUCAAUCAUUGUUACAAGCUAGUCCACAAAUGCAUACCUCUAUUAGUCCACGGCCAUCUUCCUCGGAAACCGAUUCAGUAUACCCAAGCGGCGGAAUGCUCGAAAUGUCUAACGGAUACCCAGGAUCUGGAUCGCCUCUAGGCGCGGGCUGUACUCCGUCGCCAUCUCCCGGACCAUCGCCAUCUCCUCACCGACACCCGCAUAAACCCCACGCCCACGCACCGCCGCCACACCACUCUCCGCGACAUAACAAUUUACGUGUUGUCAUACCCAGCUCGAUGCCACCGCCACAAGACGAUAUAUCAUAUACUGGAGAGACACCACUAGGCUACUCAGGACUCAGCAACUUCGGACCACAGGAUUUCAGCAUGAACUCGGACAUGGGAAUUGGACUAUCAUGGGGCGCACACCAAUUGCAGACCUUACAACAACACAGCAGAUAUGCACUGAAGACAAGUACAGACAUCACAACGUGGUUGACUUAUAUGAAAAAUAGUAGCAGCUUGCCAGUGCUCGGUGGCGGAGGGACACCGCCGCCGGCUGCGUCUCCUAGCAACGUGAAGAUCAAAGCGGAGCCGGUGUCGCCGCCACGUGACCCGGGCCACAUGCAUCGCGCGCCGCCUCCCGCACCCGCGCCGCAGCCCGCGCACCUCUCAGGAGUCAUUGAUGGUUCGAUAUCGUCCAGUAACAUGGGCUCUCCGGCCGGACAAGACAUGAGACAUGCUAACACCGUCCCCCUAGACUACGAGCAGCCCCAUACAAAACGGCCGCGGAUCGAGGGCUGGGCCACAUAGCUAGGCUAUGAGGCCUUCGGAUCCUACCCGAGGCCCCUCCAUCCGCACUGCUAAACCCGACCCUGGCGGAGCGGCUCCAAGGUUCAAAAACCUAUGACUCGCAGCUGCAAAAUCCUAUCGAGCUUCGGUAGACCGUCCUGCGUUGGAUAUCAACCAUGUUCUUUCCUCGAUGGUGCUGCAUUAACAAACCGUGACAGUGCUAGAAUUUUCGAUCAAAAGUCUGAAAAGGAAAGGUGCAUUGAAGGUGCUUUAAAUUUUGAUGGCACGGUCAACUUUUUACGCAUACGCGUACAUCUCAUCUCGAGAAUGAACUGUCCUUUUGUGUAAGGAUACAAUUAGACUAAAAAUAUUUAAAUCCUUUUGAUGAUUUCUAAUGAAAUCAAUGUUAUAACAAAAAUGAAUGUUCAAGUUUACACUACCCUUCUAUUAUACGUAAUGAAUAUUAUUAUAAUUGCACAUGCAAGUACACUAAACGUUAAGGAUAAAUGUUUAAUCUAAGUACAACAUUACUGAAUAGAUGCAACCCUGAUCAAUUUUCAACUGUAAGUACGUAUAGAUAGAUUUGUAAUUCCCCUGUAUAUAGAUGACAUUACAUGUGCAAUCCGUGCCAUUGUCUGUUUAGCUUAAAAGUUAGUCAAUUUAAAUUUAGUGACUAUAAUAGUAGAAAUGCACUAGGGUCCCAGAGGUUCAGUGGGCAAAGGAAGCAGCCGGACGGUGUUGUGUAGUGCGAAGAACAAACUAUAAAAAGUGUGUUAAGUGCGUUUAUGACUUAAAAACGACUGUUGACUUUUGUGUUAGUGUUUUAAAGUUCUUUUGUGCCAUUUUAAAAGUAUAAUAAUAGUGUGACAUCCGAACUUGAAUCUUUGUAAAUUUAGUAAGUGUAGUUUCAUCACAGAAGAUAAUAAAGUUAUGUAUUAUAAAUCUACAUUAUCUAUUGACAUAUUUAUACACGAGAAUCAUAUAUAAUAUUUACAUAAUAUGUAUACACGUCCCGUUAGGAACGAAUGUUAAGUAAGUAAGUAGGUAAUGUUAGCUAGAGUUGAGUAUAUUAAAGUACCACACGAAGCUUUAAAAUUUCUUAUGAUAACACUCGCACUCUAAGCAGACUUGUAAGUAAUGCAACACAGACAAUUAAUGUAUCGUAAUGAUUGUAGAGCUCCUGCCAACAAUCUCCUCUGACCAAUGUUGUCUCUGGAAUUUAGGAAAGCAAGCAAAUGUUAGUUUACGAAGCACUGCUGUUGAUUAAUAUCGUAAAUGAUUUUAUUUUUUAGAUAUUUAUAAUUGCAGUAACUCGUAUUGCACUGAAUUAUACAAAGGAUGCUUUUUAAAAUAAUUAUAAAGAUACAAUCUAUAUGGUUUCCUGUAUAUUAGUCCCUGACUCUUUCCAGAUUACGUAAGAGUAUCUGUAAUUGUUAGAUGUUGCGAUUUAUGUGUCUUGUGACUAUAAUGGAUUAUUAAGGGAUAGCAAGCUUGUUGAUAAAUUAUUACUUUUUAUUUUGUUAGUGUGAUCUGAAGACAUUGAAUUUUCUUUUAAAUUCAACAAUAAAAUAUAUUCACCGAACGGUGUACAAUAUUUUACCUACAAAUAAGCAAACUCAGCUUUAAGUGCACCUACUAUAAAUAUAUUAUUAUCGUACCUAUUUUGGUAUAGCACUAUAUCACAAUCCGCCCUAUUUUUAGAUGAUAUUGUCUGGUUACAUUGAAAGUGGUCAUUAUAAUCUUUGCCACUGGUAAUACAUGUCCAAUAGCUAAUGAUGACUUUAAAAUGUAACCAUAAUUAUGUGUAUAAAUACAUUAUUGUAAUUAAUCAGAAGUUCUCUCGAUGUUACAUAGUAACACUAACUUCCCUUAGUUCCACUCUGUCCCCUUAUAUCUUCUCACUGUAGAUGCCUUACUCACAGUGCCUAAAUGUACCAUUUUGUACCAAAUUUGUAUAAUACGAUAGUAUUUUUGCUUUACUAUUUUUUCACAUCCUAAUAAGUUUAAGUCUUUAAGAGAUGUUAAAUUGUUAUGACCGUAGUAUUUGGUGACACUAAAACCAACUGUAUCUAUUAAUAGAUAACUUUUAUAACCUAAAGCAUAGGUAGUGUCACAGCGAUCAAUUUAUAACUAUACCACGUUUUGGAAGCAGUCAAACUGUUUAUAGAAUACUUGUAACUUGUAAACUUGUGAUUCGUAACUAUUAAAUGUAACAUUAAGUAAAAAGUUUGCAAAAAUAGAUAUAAAAAAAUAAUCAUUAGAUUAAUCCUUCAAAUCACAGUAACAAAAUGUUAAUGUAUGAUUGUUAAAUAUGUACAGGGAAUUACCAGUUUUGAUGUUCAAAAGUCUGAACGCAUAUAAAAAAUGUAUUUUCGCAUUGUAUAAUAAGUACACGAUUAGUUUUAAUACGAAUUAAUAUUUUAAUACCGAAGCAUAAUUAAUGUUGACCCGUUUAGGGAACUAUAUAAAUUCAUGUAAGUACACAUUAAAUGUUAGAGUAAAUUGUUAAUGUGAUAUAAUUACAUACACUGUUAAGAUCCUUAUAUUUGAGAUUCUAUGAUUGCGUUACUUGAAAUGAUUUCUCGGUCGUUCGUUCCUAAUAGUUCAUUUACCAGACGUUGUGUACUUUCUAUUAGAAUUUGCUCAAUCGUGUUUGUUUGGCGAUAUGUAGCAUUGUCAUAACGUCUUGCUUGUUAUCAAAACUUCUUUUAAGAUUAUAUGUCUAUUAAUUGUGAAUGUUAUUACAAUCUCAAAUUCCCUGUCAGGUGUAUAGAUUAUUGAUUCCGUAGUACAAGUGUCCAAUUGUUAAUAUUGUACAGGUUAUAUGAGUCAUGUUAUUGUUACCGAUACCUAUCACUUUGUCUCAAGCACCUAUCGAAUGUUAAUUAUUCCAGAAUAAUAAAUAAAUGAUUUGCACAAAACCAAAAUGUUUAUGGGAAAUGGAUGGAGUUUGUAUAAUGUAAAAUAAUUGUCUAGUACUUCAAAUAUACGAGUAUGUGUUUACAUGUUUACUCUAAUAGAUAAUAACGUUUGAAGUACUUCAAGUAUUUUGUCGCGUGCACAUGAUAUUCUAUCGACUUAACUUGUAUAAAAUACUUCAACCGUAAGCUGGUAUUGGGAGCAUAAUUUCCGAGGUUGUGAAUUUUACUAUCGGGAAUGAGUUCACGUUAAAAUAAUUAUUAAUAUUUAAUGUACUAUUUCAUUUCGGCGCACAACUGUGUUGUGUGUUCUUGUAAAAAUAGUUUGCUUGAUUUGUUUUGUAGAUGUACCUACUUUUGUGUAUGUUUUAUCUGUAUUUAUACCGCUGUGUGCCAAUAGCAAAUUGUUGUUCUUUAUCAGUUUAACUUAUUACCUUUAGAAUGAGUAAUUCAUUGCAUUUAAUGAAAAAUAUGUAGAUUUAAGUAUAAAAUAUUGGAAAUCAGUGUCUGAUUUCAUCACAUUAGUUGUUAUGUGCUCUGUUUCUCAUAUUUUGCUAUUGUUUCACAGCCCAAUGUGAACAACCCAAAUAGUAUAUAGGUAUAUAAAUACAUAUCCUUAUUAAAUACUCAAGUCGAUUUCACUCUUAUUUCUGUCGUAACAUCAUCAGUUGUGCAAUACAUAUAUAACAAAAUGCUUAGGUAGGUAUUAGGUAUAUUUUCGUUUGAAUUUACAAAGAAUGCGAAAUCUGUUGUAUUUUAUUGAUAUUUUUACUGAUAAUGUGAGAGGUACCAACUAUAUUUUGUAGGUGCCUCUUGGGAAUUUAAGUCAUAAUGUAUAAUUAUUUUUAAGCUAAGGCCGGGCCAAAUAUUGCAUUAAUUUAGGUCUCACGGCGCCUGUUUCUGUGUCGAGGCAGCCAAUUCUGCCCUGUGUAUAAAUUGUACGAAGAAUGUAAACAUCUCAGUGGCCGAAUGAAUAUUAAUGUUUAUCGACAGUGUUAGAAAAAUUGUUAUAAAUUAUUUUGAUGACUGUUCGAAGGAUAAUAAAGAGUUGGAUGUCA